UUACACGGAGACAGAAACUCAAGAGACAGCUCAUUCCCACAGAUCACUGAAAGCCUUCUUUAAGCUCCCCUUCAUUUUCUUAGUUAAAUUUACUUCCUUGUUUUUCCUCGAUUCCUCUUUUUCGAAUCGACACUCGAUGCAGUGAUAAGCAUAGAUUUUGGCCGGAUUCUCGUACUUUAUUCGCCGGGAAGUUUGUUUGUGUGUUUCCGGGCGAGAAAUGCGAAGAAGCCCAUUAACGGAAUCUAAAGGAAAAGGAGUGAAAGUAAAGUACGAUGUCGGUGUACGAUGCUGCUUUCCUCAAUACCGAGCUUUCGAAACCGACAUCGAUCUUCGGUCUCCGGCUAUGGGUCGUAAUCGGAAUCUUACUCGGAUCUCUAAUCGUCAUCGCUCUCUUCCUUCUCUCCCUCUGUCUUACCUCUCGCCGGAAAAAUCGCAAGCCGCGAGCAGAUUUCGCUUCCGCCGCCGUCGCUACCCCGCCAAUCUCUAAGGAGAUUAAGGAGAUCGUUCCGGCGCCGGACCACCACUACUCGACGCAGCCUGUUCCGGCGGAGAUCCAGGUCGAUAUCGGGAAGAUCGAGCAUCGAGUGGUGUUUUCCGAUCGAGUGUCGAGUGGAGAGAGUAGAGGAACAGCGAGUGCUAGCGAGACGGCUUCGUUUUCCGGCAGUGGAAAUGUUGGACCGGAGGUUUCGCAUCUCGGAUGGGGACGGUGGUAUACUCUGAGAGAGCUUGAGGCGGCGACGAAUGGGCUCUGUGAAGAUAAUGUAAUCGGAGAAGGUGGUUACGGGAUUGUGUAUCGUGGGAUUUUAACUGAUGGAACCAAAGUCGCCGUCAAGAACUUGCUUAAUAACAGGGGUCAAGCAGAGAAAGAAUUUAAAGUAGAAGUGGAAGUAAUUGGGCGUGUAAGACACAAGAAUCUCGUUAGGCUUUUAGGGUAUUGCGUCGAAGGUGCGUACAGGAUGCUCGUGUAUGACUUUGUCGAUAAUGGCAAUUUGGAGCAAUGGAUUCACGGUGAUGUUGGCGAUGUCAGCCCUCUAACUUGGGAUAUCCGUAUGAACAUUAUACUCGGGAUGGCAAAAGGAUUGGCUUAUCUACACGAGGGUCUUGAACCAAAAGUUGUUCAUCGGGAUAUAAAAUCAAGCAAUAUCUUGCUUGAUCGCCAAUGGAACGCCAAGGUUUCGGAUUUUGGACUCGCUAAGCUAUUGGGUUCCGAGAGCAGUUAUGUGACAACCCGUGUGAUGGGUACUUUUGGUUACGUAGCACCGGAAUAUGCUUGCACUGGAAUGUUAAACGAGAAGAGCGAUAUCUAUAGCUUUGGAAUAUUAAUCAUGGAGAUAAUCACAGGAAGAAACCCGGUUGAUUAUAGCCGGCCUCAAGGAGAGACGAAUCUAGUGGAUUGGCUGAAAUCAAUGGUUGGAAAUCGAAGAUCAGAAGAAGUAGUUGAUCCAAAAAUACCCGAACCACCAUCCUCCAAGGCUCUUAAACGAGUGUUGCUCGUAGCUUUGCGUUGUGUGGAUCCUGAUGCGAACAAGAGACCUAAAAUGGGACAUAUCAUACAUAUGCUUGAAGCCGAAGACUUACUCUAUCGCGAUGAACGCCGAACAACUAGGGACCAUGGAAGCCGCGAGAAACAAGAAACAGCGGCUGCGGGUAGUGAAAGCGGCGAGAGCGGUUCACGGCAUCAUCAGCAAAAGCUGAGAUGAAAAAAGAGUCGCAUAGGUUUAGUGACUUUGCUUCUCACACGACCAUUCUAUUCCAAUUGAUUCUUAUUACAUUACAUUAUGUGUCACAUACAAGAGUAUUUUCAUUCUUUGGCUCCUAGUCUUGCCUUACGUUUAAUUAACCUCUUUCUCUCUUUGUAAUAUUUUUGUCAACGAUCACGUGUCAAUAUGUCAUUUAGAAACUAUAACAUGUAAUGCUUUGGACCAGCCUCCACUCUAUGUUCGGCCUCUUUUGGUCGAUUGGAUCGAA